GUGAAGUGAAGAAAUAAAGUCUCCCAGCUGAACUACUAUGAGGUCAGAAGCCUUGCUGCUAUAUUUCACACUGCUACACUUUGCUGAAGCUGUUUUCCCAGAAGAUUCUGAGCCAAUCAGUAUUUCGCAUGGCAACCAUACAAAACAAUAUCCGGUGUUUCUGGGUCACAAGCCAGGACACGACGCUGCACAAAGGCACAGACUGGACAUCCAGCUGGUCAUGAUCAUGGACAGAACUCUCUACAUUGCUGCUAGGGACCAUAUUUAUACUGUUGAUAUGGACAUGAAUACAGAAGAAAUUCAUUUUAGCAAAAAAUUGACGUGGAAAUCCAGACAGCCUGAUGUAGACACAUGCAGAAUGAAGGGAAAACAUAAGGAUGAAUGUCAUAACUUUAUUAAGGUUCUCCUUAAAAAAAAUGAUGAUACGUUAUUUGUUUGUGGGACAAAUGCCUUCAGUCCCUCCUGCAGAACUUAUAAGAAGGAUACUCUGGAGUUUCUGGGAGAUGAGUUCAGCGGCAUGGCCAGGUGCCCUUACGAUGCAAAGCAUGCAAAUGUUGCAUUGUUUGCAGAGGGAAAGCUGUAUUCGGCCACUGUGACAGACUUCCUUGCAAUAGAUGCAGUCAUUUACCGGAGCCUUGGAGACAGCCCAACUCUGCGGACAGUCAAGCAUGAUUCAAAAUGGUUGAAAGAGCCUUACUUUGUCCAGGCAUUGGAUUAUGGCAACUACAUCUAUUUCUUCUUUCGAGAAAUCUCAGUGGAGUACCACAGCAUGGGAAAGGUUGUUCUCCCAAGAGUCGCUCGGGUCUGCAAAAAUGAUAUGGGUGGAUCUCAGCGAGUCCUGGAAAAACAGUGGACUUCCUUCCUGAAGGCACGACUAAACUGUUCAGUUCCAGGCGAUUCACACUUCUAUUUCAACAUAUUGCAGGCGGUUACACAUGUUAUCCAUAUCAAUGGCCGAGAUAUCGUCUUGGCCACUUUCUCCACUCCUUAUAACAGCAUCCCUGGCUCUGCUGUCUGCGCUUAUGAUAUGCUUGACAUUGCCAAUGUAUUUACUGGGAGAUUCAAAGAACAGAAGUCUCCAGAUUCGAUAUGGACACCAGUUCCUGACGAGCGAGUGCCCAAGCCCAGACCAGGUUCUUGUGCAGGCUCUGAUUUCCUGGAAAAAUAUGCAUCUUCCAAUGAAUUUCCAGAUGACACUUUAAACUUUAUCAAAACACAUCCUCUCAUGGACGAAGCAGUACCAUCAAUUGGCAACAAGCCAUGGUUUUUGCGGACGAUGGUCAGAUACCGCCUGACCAAAAUUGCUAUAGAUGCUGCUGCUGGACCGUAUCAGGAUCACACUGUGGUAUUCCUUGGGUCAGAGAAGGGAAUCGUUUUGAAGUUCUUGGCCAGGAUAGGAAAGAGUGGUUUUCUAAGUGAUAGCCUUUUCCUGGAGGAGAUGAGCAUUUACAAUCCUGAAAAGUGUAGCUAUGAUGGGGUGGAAGACAAGCGAAUUAUCGGCAUGCAAUUAGACAAACAGAGCAGUGCCCUCUAUGUAGCAUUCUCAACUUGCUUAAUAAGGGUUCCCCUGGGAAGGUGUGAACGUCAUGGCAAGUGCAAGAAGGCCUGCAAAGCUUCUAGAGACCCAUAUUGUGGAUGGAUGAAGGAAAGUGAAGCAUGCAUGCAGCUCGUACCUGGAGAUAGCUUGGAGUUUGAGCAGGACAUAGAGCACGGCAAUACAGAUGGACUGGGUGACUGCCAAAAUUCGUUCGUAGCCCUGAAUGACAUUUCAACUAUUUCAUCAGAUCAUGAAAUGUCUUACACUCCAGUGUAUGGGCACUCCAGUUCCCUAGUUCCCAGCACCACCACUUCCGACUCUCCAGCCCAACAGGGCUAUGAUGCUAGGGGGCGCAUGCUAGACUGGAAGGAUCCCGUUGGCUCAUCUGAAAACACAAAUCCAUAUGUGGCUGUUUCAUCCCAUAAUCACCAAGACAAGAAGGGAGUGAUUCGUGAGAGUUAUCUCAAAGGUCAUGAUCAGCUGGUGCCUGUCACCCUCCUGGCCAUUGCAGUCAUUCUUGCCUUUGUCAUGGGAGCUGUCUUCUCAGGAAUCAUAGUAUACUGCAUCUGUGACCAUCGACGCAGAGAUGUGACCAUUGUGCAGAGAAAGGAGAAAGAAUUGGCCCAUUCACGACGAGGCUCCAUGAGCAGUGUCACCAAGCUUAGCAGCCUCUUUGGGGACACUCAGUCCAAAGAGCCAAAGCCUGAAGCUGUUCUCACACCCCUGAUGCACAAUGGCAAACUCGCUACCCCAGGUAGCACUACCAAGAUGCUCAUCAAAGCUGACCAACACCACCUGGACCUGGCUGCUCUACCAACCCCAGAGUCCACCCCAACCCUUCAGCAGAAGAGGAAGCCCAGCCGAGGUAGCAGAGAUUGGGAAAGAAACCAGAACCUCAUCAAUGCCUGUACAAAAGAUAUCCCCCCUAUGGCAUCGCCUGUGAUCCCCACUGACCUUCCACUAAGGGCUUCACCCAGCCACAUCCCAAGUGUUGUUGUCCUGCCCAUUUCUCAGCAAGGCUAUCAGCAUGAAUAUGUUGAUCAGCCCAAAAUGAGCGAUGUAGCACAGAUGGCUAUGGAGGACCAAAAUGCCACGCUUGAGUACAAAACCAUAAAGGAGCAUCUCAGCGGAAAGAGCCCCAACCAUGGGGUGAACCUGGUAGAAAACCUGGAUAGCAUGCCACCAAAGGUACCCCAGAGGGAAGCCUCCCUGGGUCCUCCUGGCUCCUCUCUAUCUCAGAGUGGCCUGGGCAAGCGAUUGGAAAUGCAUUCUUCUGCUUACAAUGUGGACUACAAGAGAAACUACCCUACGAACUCACUUACGAGAAAUCAUCAGACAUCGACUCUCAAAAGAAAUAAUACUAAUUCUUCUAAUUCCUCCCAUCUUUCCAGAAAUCAGAGCUUUGGCAGGGGAGACAACCCCCCUCCUGCCCCACAAAGAGUGGACUCUAUACAAGUCCAUGCUGCUCAGGGUCAGACUGUGACUGUAUCUAGGCAGCCCAGUCUCACCACAUACAACUCGCUGACAAGAUCAGGGUUGAAACGCACACCAUCAUUAAAACCAGAUGUACCCCCCAAACCCUCCUUUUCCCCUCUUUCCACGUCCAUGAAGCCUAACGAUGCAUGUACAUAAUCACCGUGGGGGAGGGACAACAGGUGACCAGAGUUUGCCCUUAAAAAGCCAGUGUGCAGCAACCACAUUGCUCGUUUCAA